UCCCGCUCAGUAACGAUCCAGGCCGGCACGCGCUCAGGCAGCGGCGCGGAGCAUUGUGGGACGCUGGCUGACGGCAGAGUCAACAUGGCUGCAGCUCUCCGGAGGAGGAUCGAACCUGCAGGAAGAAGGCCGUGAAUCGAGCUCGGUUGUGGACCCGCUUGGACCGCCUCCGCGUUGCUCUGAAACCUCCGUGCUGUUGAGGGCGCUCACCGACCGCAGAGGACCGAGCGAAGCCACCCGCAGCCGCAGAGGAACCGCCGGGGAGAAAGCCUCGUAUGAAUCCCGACGAGAAGGAGGACUGUGAGUGUGCGGCACCACAGGCCCAGACCAGCCCGGCGAGCGGAGCUGACAGAGAACACGAGGAGCCUGACGUAGAAAACCCAGAAGCAAGCCGAAUGAAGCGAGCAGCCGCCAAACAUCUAAUAGAGCGCUAUUACCACCAGUUAACGGAAGGCUGUGGGAAUGAGUGCUGCUCCAACCCCUGGUGUGCCUCCUCGGUGGGAUUCACGCGCAUGGACAACAACGCGGCGGCGGUCAAGGCGCUGGAGCUCUACAAGGUCAACGCCAAGCUCUGUGACCCGCACCCUUCCAAGAAAGGCACCGCCUCCACCUACCUGGAGAGCAGCACGCACAGCAACUCUGCCUCCAGCGACCAGCAGGUGAACCACAAGGAGGCGCACACGCUACGGGAAAAUUUUAAAGAUGUAUCUUACCUGACGGAGGAGAAGGUGUACGAGAUCUUGGGCAUGUGCGGGGAGAAGGAGGAUUACUCCCCGCUGAUCCGAGUAAUCGGCCGGGUCUUCUCCAGCGCCGAGGGGCUGGUGCAGAGCUUCCGGCGGUCCAAACCCCACACCAAGGAGGAGCUGAAGUCCCUCCAGGGCAAGGACGAGGACAAGGACGAGGACGAGAAGGAGGCAGCGGCGUGCUCCGCUACGGCCAUGGAGGAGGACUCCCCGUCCUCGUCGACGCGGCCGGGCGAGGGUUCCUCGGGAGACAACGACGUCCAGAAGCUGGCGCCGGACGAGGUCUCGGUGGACAUUGAAGCCGUGCGGCGCGUCUACGAGCGCCUCCUGUCCAACGAGAAGAUAGAGGCCGCCUUCCUGAACGCACUGGUUUACCUCUCCCCCAACGUGGAGUGCGACCUGACGUACCACAACGUGUACUCACGGGACCCGAACUAUCUGAAUCUGUUUGUUAUAGUGAUGGAGAACAGCAACCUCCACAGUCCAGAGUACCUGGAGAUCGCGCUGCCUCAGUUCUGUAAGGCCAUGAGCAAACUGCCACUGGCCGCUCAGGCCAAGCUGGCCCGCCUCUGGUCGCACUACAGCGCCGAGCAGAUCCGCCGCAUGAUGGAGACCUUCCAGCAGCUCAUCACCUACAAGGUGAUCAGCAACGAGUUCAACAGCCGGAACCUGGUGAACGACGACGACGCGGUUGUGGCGUCCACCAAGUGCUUGAAGAUAGUUUACUAUGCAAACGUGCUGGGAGGCGACCUGGACGUGGAGCACAACGAGGACGAGGACGACGAGCCCAUCCCGGAGUCCAGCGAGCUCACGCUGCAGGAGCUGCUGGGCGAGGAGCGCCGCAACAAGAAGGGUCCCCGGGUGGACCCUCUGGAGACGGAGCUGGGGGUCCGCACCAACGACUGCCGGCGGCCGCUCAUCCCCUUCGAGGAGUUCAUCAACGAGCCGCUGAACGAAGUCCUGGAGAUGGACAAGGACUACACCUUUUUCAAGGUGGAGACAGAGAACAAGUUCUCCUUCAUGACCUGCCCGUUCAUCCUGAACGCCGUCACCAAGAACCUGGGCCUGUACUACGACAACCGCAUCCGCAUGUACAGCGAGCGGCGGAUCACCGUGCUCUACAGCCUGGUGCAGGGCCAGCAGCUCAACCCCUACCUGAGGCUAAAGGUCCGCAGGGACCACAUCAUCGACGACGCUCUGGUCAGGCUGGAAAUGAUCGCCAUGGAGAAUCCUGCAGACUUGAAGAAGCAGCUGUAUGUGGAGUUUGAAGGAGAGCAAGGUGUGGACGAAGGAGGCGUUUCCAAAGAGUUCUUUCAGCUGGUGGUGGAGGAGAUCUUCAACCCUGACAUCGGCAUGUUCACGUACGACGAAUACACCAAACUGUUCUGGUUCAACCCCUCGUCGUUCGAGAACGAGGGCCAGUACACGCUGAUCGGCAUCGUCCUCGGCCUGGCCAUCUACAACAACUGCAUCCUGGACGUGCACUUCCCCAUGGUGGUCUACAGGAAGCUGAUGGGCAAGAAAGGGACCUUCAGGGACCUGGCGGACGCCAACCCGGUCUUGAACCAGAGUCUGAAGGAGCUGCUGGAGUACGAAGGCAGCGUGGAGGAGGACAUGAUGAUCACCUUCCAGAUCUCCCACAACGACCUGUUCGGAAACCCGCUCAUGUACGACCUGAGGGAAAACGGGGACAAGAUCCCCGUCACCAACGACAACAGAAGGGAGUUUGUGGCGCAGUACUCCGACUACAUCCUGAACAAGAGCGUGGAGAAGCAGUUCAAAGCCUUCAGGAGAGGCUUCCACAUGGUCACCAACGAGUCGCCGCUCAAGUACCUGUUCAGGCCCGAGGAGAUCGAGCUGCUGAUCUGCGGCAGCAGGAACCUGGACUUCCUGGCGCUGGAGGAGACGACCGAGUACGACGGCGGGUACAACAGAGACUCACGAAUCAUCAAGGACUUCUGGGAGACGCUGCACUCGUUUGGGGAGGAGCAGAAGCGCCUCUUCCUGCAGUUCACCACCGGCACCGACAGAGCCCCUGUGGGGGGGUUGGGCAAGCUCAAGAUGAUCAUCGCCAAGAACGGCCCCGAUACCGACAGGUUACCCACGUCCCACACCUGCUUCAACGUGCUGCUGCUGCCCGAGUACAGCAGCAAGGACAAGCUGCGAGAGAGACUGCUGAAAGCCAUCACCUACGCCAAAGGGUUUGGCAUGCUCUGAGCCCACCCCCCCUGCUCCAAACCCCGCCCCCUCUCUGGCCCGCCCCCCUUUCAUCAGACACGACGGAAACGUUGACGAGUCAGGCCGCAGGGACGUUUGGUUUAAUUGUGCGCCCCUGUAGUUCCUCUGCAGCCGCCAGCGCAAGCACACGCCCCUCCCCCCCUCCACUCUGAGCUGCAGAACCCCCCCCCCCCCCCUUCGUUUUCCAUGUACAGAGAGGAUAACUUCAUUAUUAUUUAUUUUAAGGUAAAAAUGGGUUAUUUUUCAUGCCUGUCUGUCGCACUGGCGUCCCCAGGGCGGGGGCGGGGUGAACUCUGAGGGGGCGGAGUCUACGAGUUAAUUUAAGCCCCGCUUGUGGUACCGCGUUAAGGUGAAAAACCAUCCAGCUGUAGGAAAGUCUCGACUAUCAAAUGAACCGAACAGAUAGCUGUCCCUGACCAUUCCACUCCCCCCGCCCGCUGACAGGGACGCCACCGCUGUUCCGCACCGUGUUUCUGGGCCUUUUUCCAAUGUGGGGGGAGGGAAGGGCGGCACUGCUGGCUAGAUCUGGUCAGAGCUGUAAAGUGCACUUAGACAUUUUCAGAAUGUUUUUGAUUUGGGUGGGGGCCGCAGGUUGCCACGAUUGUUCGCAGCGUUUUAUUUCCUUGUCUUCCUGUGUUGACGAUUCCAAAUAAAACAGUGUUUGUAUACGAGCGCCGUCGGAGCCGCAGUGCUGUGUCCCCGCCGCCAUGCCCCCGGGGCGGUCCUGACAGUUGGGGGGACAGCUGGGGAGGGGGCUCCCGGGGCUCACGGGAAACUGUGGACGAUCCACAACCACUCAGUCUGUGCGGAAACGGCUACGAUCCGGAGCGGGAAUGUUGGAGUCCGCUGACGAAGCGAGACCAACAAGGAAGCUCUGGCUUUUCAAAAUAAUGUCAAGUAAAUGCUCUGAAACCAUCAA